GAACCGCCAUGUUGAAUACUGAGAAAUCGCCAUUUUCAGAAAAAAGCAAGAAAAUAAAAAAUUACUAGAAAUCGAGUUUAUAAAUAAAAUAAUUGACGUAAAAGGAGAAUAAGGAUUUGAACGUGGCUAUUCAGAAAUGUAAAGAAGUAAGGUGCGCUUCGAGAUUGUGUUGUAAAAGACAAAUCGAAAAUUGAAAAUCUUCGCUGUAAAAUCGCAAAGCGCUAUGCAAGAAGAAAUAGGUCAUAACUCGAAGUGUCAGUUGAAACUAGCAUAAUAACUCCCGAUACUUCCUACAUCCUACUAAAUUUUCUAUACCCAGACAAAACAAGAAAAGGUGUCAUCGAAGUUAUCUUUUCACUGACUACAUAAAAGUGCAUUUAUAAAUAAAAUUGAGGAAAAUAUUAAAGCAAUGAAAAAAACAUUUUGAUGUGUCUCAAAAGUGUAGUUCAUACAAAUUUUCGUCAAACUAAUUAAGAGAAUACAUUUUGGCAACCAUCUGUGACAAUGCAGCAACCAAAUGAUUCAGGCGUCAAUCUAACAUCUUCUAUUACAUCUGCUCCAUCCACUGUACCUACAGCAACGCCAUCAUUGUCUAUAGCAACAAAUUCAGUGCCAGCUACAGCUCCUUCAGCAGAUGUAAGAGAGAAAACACCUCCAAGAAUUGAAGUUCCUGUUGAACCUGUCAAUGGGAUCGUCCAACCAGCCGUGAAGCCUCAUCCUGAUCGGCCAGGAAGGCAAACAAAUCAAAUUCAUUAUCUUUCUAAAACAAUAAUGAAAAUUGUAUGGAAACAUCAGUUUAGUUGGCCUUUUCAACAACCAGUUGACGCGGCCAAGCUCAAUCUGCCUGAUUAUCAUAGAAUUAUUAAACAACCAAUGGAUCUGGGAACGAUUAAGAAGCGAUUAGAAAACAAUUACUAUUGGAAGGCUCAAGAGGCAAUCGAUGACUUUCAAACGAUGUUUGAUAAUUGUUACAUUUACAACAAGCCUGGUGAGGAUGUUGUUGUAAUGGCACAAGCAUUGGAGAAGCUCUUCAAAGGAAAACUUGCACAGAUGCCUAAAGAAGAGAUAAAAAUUGAGACAUCAUCGGGAAAGAGCGCCAAGAAGAAGCCUCGAGUAGUGGCACCACCAGGAACACUUGUAGGUGGGCUUCCUGCUCCCAAAGUUAACACUCCUCGCGUCAGCACCCCUCUUGUGGCUGGAAAUGUAACAACCACGAAUAUACCUCCGACGAUGAUGGGACCAGUACCUGUAGACAUAACAGGAAAUGGAACCAUACCAGGAAGCACUAACAAGCCUACAACAACCCAAGGAAUACCUACAAACCUUCACAACAGUCUACCACAGCCUAGUGCUCAAGCUGCGCCUCCAACCGCUCCUCCUGCUUAUAUGGUGAAUAGUCAACAGCCAAUGAUCAGUAAUGUUCCACCUCAACAGCCAGCCAAAGUCAAAAAAGGAGUAAAAAGAAAGGCUGACACUACAACGCCGACGACAGCAACAGGAUUUAAUGACGCCGGCUAUCCAUUAAUUGAUUCCAAUGUAAAAGUGUCGACUCGAGGACGUCAGGAUAUUGCUCCAAGUCAUCAAUCAAACACCUACCCGCUUUCACCAAUGGUUCCAGGACAUCCAGCAGUCAAUCAACAACUGGGACAGAAGAGCAAAGAAAAAUUGAGUGAAUCAUUAAAAUCCUGCAACGAAAUUCUUAAAGAACUCUUUAGCAAAAAGCAUUCAGGCUAUGCAUGGCCGUUUUAUAAGCCUGUGGAUGCGAAAAUGCUUGGACUUCAUGAUUAUCACGACAUUAUAAAGAAGCCAAUGGAUUUGGGAACAGUAAAACGAAAAAUGGAUGAGAGAGAAUAUAAAACAGCUGCAGAGUUUGAGGCUGAUGUUCGAUUGAUCUUCACUAAUUGUUAUAAAUAUAAUCCACCAGAUCACGAUGUUGUUAAGAUGGGACGUAAGUUACAAGACGUCUUUGAAAUGCGAUUCGCUAACAUCCCAGAUGAGCCGGUUACAACAUAUCCAACGGCAACGCACAACAAUCAAAUGAAUGCUGAAAGUAGUGGCUCAGACUCGGAAAGCGAUUCGAAUGAUGACACUGAUGACUCAGAUGGUAGUAUGGAUGAAGAGUCCAUAAGAGAUAAAAUUCUGAAGCAUCAAGAGUCAAUAGCCAAGCUUAAUGAAAAAUUAGAACGAAUAGUGAAGAAAAAGUCAAAUUCUGUACCUGCAAGAAAACAUGUUAAAAAGAACAAACAUGCAACGCCCUUCAAAGAUGGAACAAAAGUUAAAAAUUCAUCAAAUAAAUUGGAGACGCCAAAAGUGAAAGGUCAGAAGCAGCCUAAAGGGAUGGCUCAGCCAGUAACCGGUGGAGUCACAAAACGUGUGAAACAGCCAACUGCUGGUGUUGGUGCAGGUGCACCUAAAACUGGAAGUAAGAAGAAGAAUCAAUCAAUGAGUUUCAAUAGCGAAGAAGAAGACACUGCAAAACCUAUGUCGUAUGAUGAAAAACGACAAUUGUCCCUGGACAUUAACAUGUUGCCUGGCGACAAACUAGGUCGAGUUGUUCAUAUCAUACAAAAUCGAGAGCCAUCGUUACGCGAUUCGAAUCCUGACGAGAUGGAAAUCGAUUUCGAGACACUAAUGCCGUCAACAUUGCGAGAAUUAGAAGCUUAUGUUGCGCAAUGUCUUCGUAAAAAAACUCGUAAGCCUUACUAUAAAAAGGUCGCUGGAAAGUCGAAAGCUGAGCAAAUGUCGGAGCGACAACAUGAACUUGAGCGGAGACUUCAAGAUGUGACAGGUCAAUUAGGUUCUGGAAAGAAAAGUGCAAAGAAAGAUGAGUCAAAUAAAGCAAAUGCACAAGCUCCCAAUCGCCAAUCAUCAUCAAGUAGUUCUAGUGAUUCAUCAUCAUCAAGUUCAUCUGAUAGCAGUUCAAGUGACAGCUCCGACACCGAAGCAGGUAAUGACGAACCUGCGAGAAAGAAAAUUAAGGAUGCUUCGUCUGGUGCUCAAAACACUGAUAAUAAACCAGCUCCAAUACAAUUGACUCAACAACAACAAAAGUCUUUUAUAUCAUCACUUUCAAUGUCUUUAGAGUCGCAGCCUUCAACGAGCAUCGUUCCAACUGGUGUUGCAACAACAAUAAGUUCCAAUACCCAACAACAAACAACUUCAAGCACAGCGCCGACUUCACAAUUGAUGCAACAACUUCACCAACCGUUAGAAGUAAAACCACCACCUUUAUCAACAUCAUCUGUAAAUAAUCUUUCGUCUAGUGCUAAUAAAUCCAUACCAACGGCUACAGUAAUGCCAACUAAAACCGAACAGCCACAACCAUCGCCAACGGGAAAUAACAACAAAAGCAAUAUAAAUCUCAAUCAUAUGACACAACCAACAAAUGUUAAUUCAACAUUGUUGAACCCUUUAUCAACAUCAUCAGUUGGACAACAGCAACAGCAGCAGCAGCAACAACAGCAACCGUUGCCACCGCCUGCGCCAACAACUGUUCAUUCAGGUUCUUCUAACAUGAACAUCAUGAAUCAUCCAAAUCCACUAGGAGGUGGAAUGCAAGUUUCGACAUCAUCAGUUAUGACAACAAUAGCUCAACAACAGUUGGCAAAUAACAAUACGAAUCCAAUACAGGCGAAGCAUCAAACGCCUUUCAAUUUGAAUCAAUAUCUUGAUCCCUUGGAACAGUCACUUGCAUCAUUGGAACAUCCACAACUGAAUAAUAAUUCACAGAAGAAUCCUACACAAGACAUGGGUGCAAUGCUUAUGGAAAUUCAAAAGCAACAGAUCAUGAUGAGUCAUAUGACGGCACCUUUAAUGCCAGGUUCGAAUGGCUUCGGAUCAGAUUUUAACGGUACAAAUGGUGCUGUUAGCAAUUUCAUGAAUAUUAUAGCACACCAACAUAUGGAUCCAUCAACAAGUAUUUUCUUAAAUCCACAAAUGAAAAAUAUUCCCAGUCGCUUUCCAGAUGCAUGGAAUAAUUUGCCAGGAAAUAAUUCAAUGGCUUCUGCUUUAUCGACGCAACAGCAACAACAAAUUACUCAACAACAGCAACAAUCACAAGCAGCAGCUCAUGCUUCACAGCAUCAGCAACAACAGCAGCAGCAACAUCAACAGCAACAGCAAGUACAACAUUCACAACAACAACAACAGCAUCAACAACAUCAAACUCAACCAUCAAACAAACAAGAGAAAAUCAUGUUGACACCGAAACCAAUUGAAGAACUUUUAAUGAAUCCAAAUGAUAAAGCGAAGGUUCUUGGUUCAGGUGGACAAGGUGGGCCUGGAUUUGGUCAAGCAUUUAAUAAAUAUGAACAAAAUUUAAAGAAUGCAAGUUCAUGGUCACAAUUAGCAGCUGCUGGGUCACCACAAAAUCCAGGUGCUACAAUAUCUAGUAAAUCAAAAGUGCCAUCAGAUGCGUUCCAGGAAUAUAAGACGAAAGCGAAGGAACAGCAACAGCGACAAAAGCAGGAGCAAGAAAAGAUGAAAAAACAGAAGGAACAAGAACAGUUAAAACGACAUCAAGAAAGUCUUCAGAAGCAUAAAAAUGAAGAUUUAAGCAAUGGUCACAGAAAACCAUCUGCUGAUCCCAUCACAAAUAUAAUGGAAGAAAUGCGUGCAUCACCGGCCAGUACAUCACCUGUUUCAGCACAAUCACAACAAGAGCGAACAGCUGCAGCUCGUAGGGCUGAAGAACGAGCAGCUGAACAAGAGAGAAGACGUCGGGAAGCGGUAAUUAUCCAGACCUAUUGACAUGAAUCGACAAGGGGAUCUAAUGGCUGAAUUCGAAGAACUUUUGUAGGAUUAUCAGAAUCAGACCAUUAAAUGUGCAACUUAAGUGAGGUUGCCAAUCAUCCUUUUGAAUAUUAACCACCGAUCAUUGUUUUUCUUUUCGUAAUCCACAAUUUAUCAAAAAAAUGAUGUGGUAUUAACACAAAAUUGACUUGAAGAAUAAAAGAAACCGUUGUAUGAAUUCUUUUUAAACAAUCUACAUAAAUAGUUGUAUAUUGUAUAAAUUUCUGUUGUAUAUGGAAAAUCCAACACGACAAAUUCCUAGAGUGAUUGUAAUUCCCAACAUUGCUUCUCUUUUAUUUAGAGGAAGUCAUAAUCUUUACAUUUCCUCAACUGAAGAAGGAUUCAUGAAUUCACUCUAAGAUUUUGUUUUAAACUUUUUUUUCUUUAUCUCACUCUCUCUGUCACACACUCAAUUCAAAUGGAAUAGAAUUUUCCAAAUUUUAUUUGACUUUUUCGUCCAACUAAAUUUAUGUAGUCCAACCUUUAACAAAAAAAAAAGAAAAGAAACGAAUCAUAAGGAAGGAGUUUCAAAUCUAUAUAAAUAUAUGAUUUAUGUGAUAUUUCGCGUAUAGGAGAGAAUUGAAAUAAGAAAAAAAAUUAAUUUUCAAUUAUUUCCAACAAGAUGAAAAGGUUGAGAGUUACAUUUGAAAAAAAAGAAGAAUUAUUGUUUGGGUAUAAUUUAUAAUCAUGAAAUUAGAUUUAAUAAUAAGAGGAUCUACUUUAGAGAAUGCAAAUUCAGAAUAUGUAACUUCUUAACUAGGAUAAGUUCAGAAGAUAAUAUUUUAUAAACUAAUAAAAACAUUUCCUUUUAGUUACUAUCCGCUUUUUUCUUUCAUCGUUUGUAAACUUUUCUUACAUUAUUAGAGUUAAUUCUUAUUAGAGACCUCCACGAAAAGUGUUAUUUUCAAUGAAUUGUUUCUUUUUUUCAUGAUAUUAGUUCAUAAAUAAAUGUUUAAGCUCAUAAGCUGAAUCA